UUCCACAAAGCAGCAGAGUAGAGAUUACCAUCCAUCCCAAACUUUUCCCAACGCACCAAAACCAUGAAAAACCAUCUCCCUCUCACCUCACUCUCACUCCUCAUCUUCCUCUUCCUCCUCCGCUCACCCCCAGCCGUCGGAUUCCCCUCUCCCGCUCCCUCCACCAACGACUCAGAUUUCAUCCGCACCAGCUGCGGCACCACCCUCUACCCCGAGCUCUGCUACUCCUCCCUCUCCCGCUACGCCAACGCCGUCCAGAGCAACCCUUCUCAGCUCGCCAAGGUCGCCAUCGGCGUCAGCCUCUCCAACGCCAAGCGCAUGGCCGCCUUCGUCUCCAACCUCUCCCGCCACGCCGACUACGGCUCCGACCACCGCGCCACCGCCGCCCUCCACGACUGCUUCAGCAACUUCGACGACGCCGUCGAUCAGAUUCGCGACUCACUCCGGCAGAUGAAGAGCCUCGGUUCGGCUCCUGGGUCGGUCCGGUUUCAGAUGAGCAACGUCCAGACGUGGAUGAGCGCCGCUCUGACGGACCAGGAUACGUGUACGGACGGGUUUCAGGACGUGCCGGACGGGUCGGUCAAGUCCGACGUGGUGAACAAGGUCGAGAAAGUGAAGAAGGUCACGAGUAAUGCCCUCGCGCUCGUCAACAGAGUGGCGGAGAAAGGAGGCUGAAUCUUAUCUUAUGAUUCAUACCUAGCUCGUUGGUGGUUGUUUUUGACAGUUGGAUUAGCAAGUUCAAUUCGAAGUAGAAGUAGAGGUUUAGUAGUAUACGUACGUAUGGUUAAGAUUUCCCUGUAUAUGUGGUACUAAGUUAUUAUUUGGUCGGCCAUUUUCUCUCUCUCUUUUCCGUUAUGCUAUGCAUAUGUAAUUUCGAUCACGAGUGUAACAGAAACAAGUCUCUCUCUCUCUCU